AUGGCGGAUGCGGCUAAUAAACCAACGACUGAAAAUAAUAACGAAGAUGCAUCGAAAAAAGCUGGUACUAGAGUUUUUAAGAAAAGUAGUCCAAAUGGCAAGCUUACCACUUACCUUGGAAAAAGAGAUUUUGUAGAUCAUAUUGAUCAUAUCGAUCCCGUAGAUGGCGUUGUUUUAGUGGAUCCAGAGUAUAUUGCCGACAAAAAAGUUUAUGUACACGUAUUGGCUGCAUUUCGUUAUGGAAGAGAAGAUUUGGAUGUUUUAGGACUGACAUUUAGGAAGGAUUUAUUCUUAUCAACACUUCAGAUUUAUCCACCUCUACCAGAGAACGAAAGGCCAUUAACUAAGUUACAAGAACGUUUAAUAAAAAAACUUGGUGAAAAUGCGUACCCUUUCUACUUCGAGUUGUCUGUUGGGUCGCCAUCUUCUGUUACAUUACAACCAGCCCCUGGAGAUACCGGAAAGCCAUGUGGCGUAGACUAUGAAUUGAAAACUUAUGUUGGAGACUCACCUGACGACAAAGCGCAUAAAAGAGACACAAUAAGACUAGCGAUCAGAAAAAUAACGUAUGCGCCUGAUGAGAACAUACCGCAACCUACAGCUGAGAUCACUAAAGAAUUUAUGAUGAGUUCUUAUCCAUUGCACUUGGAAUGCACUCUGGAUAAAGGGAUGUAUUACCAUGGCGAGCCAAUCAAAGUUAAUGUUAGUAUAGCUAAUAGAUCGUCAAAAACUGUUAAGAAAAUCCGUUUAUCAGUACGUCAAUUUGCAGACAUAUGCUUAUUCUCUACUGCCCAAUAUAAAUGUCCGGUUGCUGUUGUAGAGUCUGAAGAUGGAUUUCCUCUUAAUCCUGGUGGAACAUUAAAUAAAAUUUUCACGCUAGUUCCUCUGCUAGAAGAUAACAGGGACAAAAGAGGACUUGCAUUGGAUGGUAAGCUUAAGCACGAGGACACCAAUUUGGCUUCUUCCACUAUUUACGAUCCUGGUGUUAGCAAAGAAAAUCUUGGAAUUGUAGUACAAUACAAAGUUAAAGUAAGAUUACUGGUCGCUCUUGGAAGUGACGUAGCUUUGGAAUUACCAUUUACACUGACUCAUCCAAAACCUAUUGAGCCGGAAGAGCCAAUUGUAACCCAGCCCGAAGUUAAUCCCCCACAAGCGGUAGCAGAUACCAAGCCAGAGACAAAGAAUACGGAAGCACCUAUAGAUAAUAACUUAAUUAUGUUCGACACAAGUGGAACUGGAGCAUUGUUGGCCGAUCAGGAUGAUGAUUUUAUCAUCGAAGAGUUUGUUCGCAUGCGUUUGAAAGACCAUAGUAAGGAUUCUUCUGAAGCUUAA